AGCAACAUUGUUUUCUUCAUGGUUGAAACUUCGUUCGCGAAAAAAGUGUCUUUAUUGUGCUUAACAUACGCAUCUGUAUUUUAAAGAAAAAAAUAUUCGCUUUGAAACAUAAAAAAUUAAUUUUAUAGCAAAGUCGCGGCUCAUGCGAGUUUUUAUUUAUUCAUAAUUUCGACUCCAAUAAUGUUGCAUUUUCUUUUCUCUAUUCGGCUGGAGAAAAGUUGUGCGGAUUGCUGCGCGGGGGGGACGGACACUUGUGUCCGCAACUUGUGGAUUUUAUCACUUUGGUUUUUCGACUACCAUUACACGUAAUUUUAAGAAAUGGCUUCAUCUGUUAGGCUAAUGGCUAAACCCAAACUGCUUGGGCUAAGCCAAACUACGCUGGCAAAGCAGCCAGUUGCAAGCCUGUCUACAGCAGCGAAUGCCAGCAAUGCAAAAAAGGUGGCGGUGGCGGCGCUCGGCGUGGCCGUAGGUGGCGCUGCCGCCGUCGGCUAUGCGCUGAACCAGUCGGUGAAGGCGUCCGUGCAGCUGCACCCGCAGAAGCUGCCGUGGAACCACAACGGCAUCAUCGACUCGCUGGACCAUGCCAGCGUGCGGCGCGGCUACGAGGUGUACAAACAGGUGUGCGCGGCGUGUCACAGCAUGCGCUACGUGGCCUACCGUAACCUGGUCGGCGUCACCCACACCGAGGACGAAGCAAAGGCCGAGGCCGAACAGAUCAUGGUGACCGACGGCCCGAACGACCAGGGCGAGAUGUUCCAGCGGCCGGGCAAGCUGUCCGACUACUUCCCGUCGCCCUACCCCAACGACGAGGCGGCGCGUGCAGCCAACAACGGCGCGCUGCCGCCCGACCUCACCUACAUCACCAGCGCGCGCCACGGUGGCGAGGACUACCUGUUCCACCUGCUGACGGGCUACUGCGACCCGCCGGCCGGCGUCAAGCUGCAGGACGGACAGUACUACAACCCCUACUUCCCGGGCGGAGCCAUCAGCAUGGCUCAGGCUCUCUACAACGAGAUCAUUGAGUACGAGGACGGCACGCCGGCGACUCAGAGCCAGCUGGCCAAGGACGUGACCACCUUCCUCAAGUGGACCGCCGAGCCCGAGCACGACACACGCAAACGCAUGAUCAUCAAGACAAUCAUGAUUUUCUCGGUGCUGAUCGGCAUCUCGUACUACAUGAAGAGGAUGAAGUGGAGCGUCAUCAAGUCGAGGAAGCUCGUGUACCGGCCCAAGGACCAGUAGACGGCCGCCGGGAGUGGCGGGCGGUGCGGGCCGGGCCGCCGACCUAGGGUGGCUCCCCGCGCCGCGCCGAACACAGCCCCGGUGACAGUACAGUGUGUGAAUGUGAGCGAGCGGCUCCGGCCAGCGCCGGGCUAAUACAUGGCGACCAGCCACCAGCGGCAGCCUCUGUGGCGACGGAUCGGCCGCGUGACCCGGCUUAGCAGAAUCCUUUACUCUUCGGAGACAGCCGGCCGAGCCGGCGGCGGCGGCCGUUUUGGUAUUUAUAGAGUAAUUUUCGCAUGAGAAGUGCCGGAAAGAGCAGGAGAGGCGCUCGGUCUGACCUAGGCGGGUAACAAGUAAUGCAGACGCUGCGUUUAUCGCUGCAGAUAAAAGCGAUAGGAGCUCAGUUGAAGGGCAAGGCGUUGAUUUAUCAACGCCAGCGGCAGAGCUGAACCGUGUAAAUUGUAAAUAUUCCAAAUUGAGUAGCGUUACCAGCCUGUCGGCGGUGAAGGCGAUAUGAAUGUUGUGCGCGCCCGCGGUGACGGCGUGACGCACAAUGAAUAUACGUGACGAAUGUCGUGUCA